AUGGUUCAGGCCUGCCCUUGGCAACGACAUUUGGCCACAGAAAACCGGAGCCAAAGCACCCAAAGGCAUUUGGAAGCCGAUCUUCGGUCCAAGAUCAUCCAUCCGUCCAUCCAACCUUUGGUGAAGCAAAUCUUAAACAGUCUCAGCUCAAAAGCACCUGAUGAUGUCGACAUUUGGCACAUGAGUGCCUUGCGGGCAGCCGCCAGCACUGCCCAUGGUGCUGGAAGCUUUCUGCUUGGUAGCUUUACGCCGCUUUUUUCGAAUCCGGGAGAGAAGACUGGGGAGGCCAUUCCAGCUGAACCUCACAGACUGGUGCUGAAAGCUUCAAGGGAUGAAGACCAGCUCCUUGCAGAGAUGGAAAAGCUUCAAAAAGUCCAGUCUUCGCUGGGCCCUCUACGAUCACCACGAGUGCUGUCUGCGAAGCACACAGAGGACGGCCUUUUCGCCUUUGCUCAGGAAUUCCUUCUUUGCAGCAGAUAUUUCGAGGCUGGCCAACGAGAAAGGCAGUCGUCCAGCUUUGCAGACUUGUUGCGCAUCGGAGCUCGGCCCCUGGCCUUGGAGGAUGCUGGACGUGAUAUGGAAGAUCUGCAUGCGCGGCUAGGGAUGUCCGCCGAGGAUUUGGCUGCGGUGAGUCUCGAGGAGCUCCGCCACGCGGCGCAGCAGACGGGAGAGCUGUUAGGCAGAAUUGGAGAAGCUACUGCUUGGCGAUUCGCAGAGCUCCACUGCCAUUUGGCUCUCUGUGGUCGGCGCACUGAUCGUCUAGAGGCGCUUAAGAAGGCCCUUUGUGAUCGCUUCGCAGCCCUUCCGGAGCCCAUCAUCACGACUUUGGAUGUCCAGGACACCGAGAAGAUUCGCAAACUCCCAGAGCAGUUGAAGGCUGCUGGCAUGCCCGCGGUGGACAUUCUGGUCAACAACGCCGGCCUCGCGCUUGGAGUGGCCAGUGCAAUUGAGAAUGAGCUCGAGAACAUCCAAACAAUGCUCGCCACCAAUGUCCAAGCUGUCAUGUGCUUGGUAUCGACUUUUGGACCCCAAAUGAAAGAACGUGGCAGAGGUCACAUUGUGAAUAUCUCUUCCGUAGCAGGUCACGAGUGCUAUGUCGGUGGCUCCGCCUACUGUGCAACCAAGCAUGCAGUCAAUGCGUUUACCAUUGCAACCAGACAUGACUUGGCCGGAACGCCUAUCAGGGUCACAGCGAUCAGUCCCGGGAUGGUGGAGACAGAAUUUUCGAAGGUCCGCUUCGGCGAUGACGCCAAAGCAGCCAAGGUCUAUGAGAAUAUUGUGCCUUUGGUCGCGGAGGACAUCGCCGACCAGAUUAUCUAUGCGACGACCCGGCCGAGGCACGUGCAGAUUGCUGACAUCAUUUCUUAUGCCACCAACCAGGCCUGGCGGUUGCUGAUCAACAGGUCAUUUCAGCCAACCCUUUGGAUGCUCCAAGAGUCCAGUUGA